UAUUCCUCACCUACAGAUGACUACAUAAAUAUAUGUAUACACACACAUCCGUGUUAUAUCUUGAACUAUCAUCAAUUGGUUGUGUCUGUUCUUCACCUGUGCGAUAUUAUCAUGGCUUGUGGUGCUGCUAAUUUCACGUGUUUAUUCGUCAUGGCAAUACUAAUGCAAGCUUUCAUGGUCGUGCUCUCUCAACCAGUCGAAGCAGAAGCAAUCUCGAGGUCCUCGAAAAGAUUCAUCACCGUCGACAAAUCCGGCAACGGCGAUUACACCAAAAUACAGUACGCAAUCGACGCCGUGCCGUCAGGUAAUGCUCAGCUUGUGUUUAUUUGGGUCAAGCCUGGUGUGUACCAUGAAAAAAUAGUUGUACCUUCGGACAAACCCUAUAUAACAGUAAGUGGCACGGGUACUGCACAUGAGACUGUAAUAAUAUGGAACGAAUGCGGAGAGAUUUUUGAUGUUGCCGUCUUUACCGUGUUGGCUACCGAUUUUAUAGGCCGCUUUAUCACCAUUCAGAAUACAUAUGGAAUUGGUGCGAAAGCAGUGGCGCUUAGAGUCUCGGCCGAUAGAGCAGCAUUCUACGCAUGUAGAAUUUUGUCUCGGCAAGAUGCCUUGUUCGACCACGUCGGCAGGCACUACUACGGACACUGCUACAUUGAAGGCGACACCGAUUUAAUUUUCGGAAACGCUGCUUCUUUCUUCGAGAAGUGUCAUUUGCAUUCGCUUUCGGAGCACAAAGGAGCGAUCACAGCACAACGAAGGUAUGCGCCUUCCGAUCAAUCGGGGUUCACCUUCUUGGCAUGCGUCGUCACCGGCGUCAAAACGGCACUACUAGGACGGCCGUGGGGUCCCUAUUCGACAGUCGUCUUUGCGUAUACUUACAUGUCAAACGUGAUUCUUCCAGAAGGGUGGGACGGAUGGAGACUAGCACCCAACAACUUAAGUCAUGUUUACUAUGGGCAAUACAAAUGCUAUGGACCGGGAGCCGAGACAUCACAAAGAGUUAAAUGGUCACAAAGCCUUACAAGCGAACAAGUUACACCCUUCCUUGAUCAAGCGAUUGCCCUUCAAUCCGAAAGCUGGCAAGAUCGUUGGUCUCUCCUUCAUCCUUACGGAGCAGAGCAAGGAAGCGUGGACGGUAAGAACAAUAUGGACCAAAUAGGAGAGGAUCCCAGCCCCAUCGGAGAGGACGUGGGGGUUGGUUGGGACCCUGUGGAAUGGAGUGGGGCGGAGGGGAUGUCGAUCAGCCCAGCGGAGGAUAUGUCGAGCUGCGAGAGUCCUAGGUCUCCCGGGAUUUUUCUUUUUCUUCUUUUUGGUUUAUUUGUUUGAUGUUAUGAGGAGUAAAGCAAUAACAAUGUACAACACCGCAGAGACUUGUCGAUGUAUGAAUGGCACAAAAAGAAUUUUCGAUACUAAAAAUCAAUUAGACCAUGACAAGUGAUUACCUCGAUGAGUUUUCAAAC